UGAUGUCAUGGGACAUUAUCAUCCAUUCAGUCAACAUCGACAUCGAAAUGAGACAAAAAAUCAGCAAGAAUAUCACGAAGGAAGUUGGCAAGAAAGAGAGUGUUCUUAGCUGCACGGAUAGUAUCAAAGAGCGAGAGGGUCGCUGUACCAACCUUAACAGUGGAGUGUUUUCUCACACAGACGAUAAAAAAAGGGCAAUGAUGGCUGACACUGAACUAGAAAUUGCAAGAGGCCAGCCUGGAAGUGUGCGCGCGCAUCUAAAGGAGGGCUUUCUAUGGAAGGCGUUCCACGAACACCAAAACGAGAUGCUACUGACAAGGGCGGGAAGGCGGCUCUUCCCAGUCCCUUCGUUUAGACUAGAAGGCCUGGAUCCUAAGACAAGGUACAGUUGUGAGCUACGUUUGGUCAGCAGCGAUUACAAGCGCUACAGUUUUAACAUGCGCACAAGCAAAUGGUUGCCAAUAGGAACCGUAUGCUGCAUGGAGCCAUCACGGUAUUGUCACCCCAUGGGGGGCUCCCUGGGAGCGGAUUGGCUGGACGAUGGCGCACGUUUCGACAAGCUCAAGAUCGGAAACGUUCACAGGCAAAAAGUGGUUGGACUUGAAUCGCAGCGAAAGUACCGCCUCCAACUAGUGAUUACCAGUCUUGCGCCUCGAUGUGAAAGGUGGUUUUUUGACUUCCCGGAGACUGAGUUCAUGACAGUCACGUGUUACCAGAAUCCCGAAAUCAGGAAGUUGAAAAUCGCAAACAACCCGUAUGCAAAGGCGUUCAGAUCAAACAGGUCCACGCCUAAAGAACAUCCCGCCAAGCGACCUCGCUUAGAGACACCACAGGCAACCCAACAGCUGCCAACUUCAAGUGAAGUCAGAUACAUUCCAGUAUCGCCUUAUCCUUCCCAUCACGAAAUGACGUCACAACAGCAACAUCUCUUCCCGGCUGUCAAUGCGAGCACCCACACACAGAUAUCCAGCGUGUGGGGUAGCCAUGAAGCAGGGCUUCACCCCCAAUGGACUCCUGUCAAUCAAGUAUGGUCCAAUGACGCACAGCAAACGUAUGAGGUCACCAACCCCAACGCUUAUUGGUCAACGCCAAUCAAGACAGGGUCAGCCAAUCAGAUGCUGCGAUGGUCUCCGAUGUCCAUUAACUGCGAACGCAAUGCAGAGUUCCGCAGACAGAACUGCUGCUGGCCUACAGCGACGCCAUCCAUCCCUGAUCCUGCUUUUGAUGCCUGGACAGAUUCUGCUGCCGAGGUACCAUGUGCCUCCGGCUCGCUCCCAGGGAACGCCUAUAACUGGUAUAGUGGCGUUACGGAAGAGGAAACCUUCGGGGAGCUGCGCCGAUACAUUCAAUACGAUAGCUUUACAGACACGCGAGGGUACUGAACGGCAAGUCAAGACAUGUAGUUUAAAAGAUGGACGAUGCGACACGAGAGUGAAGCGUGAAGUUAAACUUAGGUGUGGAAUUGUCUGAGAAAUAUGAUAGUUUAGAGACCAACUCAAAUGCAUUGAUAGUAUUUUUUUGAUUCUUUGUAUUUACAGUUCCAUUUGCAAAUGAUGCAAUUUCAAAAAAAUUAGAAACAAGUUCUAUUUGCGUUCUGUUAGUUGAAGUUCUGUUUCAUAUAAAAAAAAGUUGACCGAUAUGAUAAAUCUAUUUGGUGUUUGUUCUUGUUUCUAUUUUAAUACCAAAGACACUGUACAUACAGCAUUUUUAAAGUACAGGUUAGGAUUAAGUUCUUUCACUUUUGCAAUGUUCCAGUUUUAAAUGUAAAUAUGCAAUUUCUAUAAUAAAGAAGAUAAAUU